AUGCGCACUCACACGGGGAUCGGCCUUUCAUCUGCAAAGAGUGCGGCAGGAGGUUUGUGGAGCGCAGCGGCUGGGCGACAGCACAUGAAGAUACACAAUGGGGAGAAACCAUACAAAUGUCAGGUGUGUUCAAAAGCCUUUUUAAGGUCACAACCACCUCAAGUGCACUUAACCACCCACUCUGGGAAGAAGGAGUAUUCCUGUUCUGAAUGUGGAAAGCAGUUUGGACUCAAGGCGAGUCUGGAUCUUCAUGUGAGUACUCAUUCCUCAGAGAGACCCUUCCACUGCACUGUGUGCAAGAAGAAAUUUAACACACGGAAGAACUUGAGGGUCCACACUAAACUCCACACCAGAGACAAAGCCCACCAAUGUGGCAACUGUGGGCUGAAAAUGGGGGAUCUUGGAGCUUUGAAAAUCCACUUGAGGACGCACACCGGAGAGCGGCCCUACCAUUGCACGGUGUGCGACAGCAGGUUCAUUCGCCUUUCACACCUUAGAAACCAUCAGCGCACCCACACUGGUGAGAGGCCCUACAAAUGUGAUGAAUGCAGCAAGAGUUUUGCUCAGUCGGGCGACCUGGCCAAACAUAAGAGGACACAUUCUGGGGAAAAGCCCUUUGAGUGUCCGGAGUGUCAGCGCCGUUACACUUCCUCUGGGGAUCUAGGAAAGCACAGGAGGAGCCACAGUAACCUGCGGCCCUACACUUGUCAAGAGUGUGGAAAAUGCUUUCGCUUGUCGGGGCACUUGAAGACUCACAUGUUGACUCACACAGGAGAGAAACCGUUUUCCUGUCCUAAUUGUCUCCGAAGGUUUGCUCGCUCUCACCACCUCUCUGGACACGUAGCUAAAUGCCGCUGA